AUGGCGGCGACCCAGACCACUCCAACCACCACCACCGUCCCAGUCCAACCCGACACGCGCCGAACGGUGCUGAUCACGGGGUGCUCGGCGCACGGACUGGGCCACGCCCUGGCGAUCGCGUUCCACGACGCCGGCCUGCGCGUGUUCGCCACGGCGCGCGACCCGGACAGGAUGGCCGACUUGCGGGCGCGGGGCAUCGAGUGUCUGCAGCUGGAUGUGCUGGAUGAGGAGAGCAUCAGACGCUGCGUGCAGACGGUCAGGGGCUUGACUGCCCGGCGAGAUGAUGGCGACGGCGAGGCCGAGGCCGAGGGCAGAUUGAAUUGUCUGGUCAACAAUGCCGGUGGAGGCUACAACAUGCCCGUGGCCGACAUAUCGAUCCCGGAGGCAAAAGCCCUGUUCGACCUGAACGUGUGGUCCUGCAUCGCCGUCACGCAGGCGUUUCUCCCGUUGCUGAUCAACGCCGCCAAACCACCUACACCAACCUCAACCUCUGCCCGAUCUACAUCUCACCUCCCUCCUCCCCCAAGCCUGAUCCUGAACAACACGUCCGUCUCGUCCGUCGAGCCCACGCCGCACAACAGCGCCUACCACGCCAGCAAGGCCGCGACGGCCAUGUUCUCGACGCACAUGCGGCUGGAGCUGCAGCCGUUCGGCGUGCACGUCAUCGACCUGAAGACCGGGUGCGUGCACUCGCGCUUCCACGCCAACCACCAGCACGGCCAGGCCAGCCUGCCGCGGGACAGCAUCUACGCGCCCGUGCGCGACCAGACCGAGAGCGCCAUGCGCAACGCCUUCCCCCUCCGCGAGGACCCGGACCGCUGGGCCGCCGCCGUCGUGCGCGACGUGCUCACGCCCUGGAAUCGCCGCGCCGGCCGGGGGCUGCCGCUCGAGAUCUGGCGCGGCACCGGCGCCUGGCGCACCUGGUUCUACAACUGCACGUUCUGGCCCGUCGGCUGGUGGGACGAGUGGUGGCGCCGGGCCGUGGGAUUGGAUCUGUUAAGGGAGAAGGUUAGGCAGAGUUAUGGAGCUUGA